AUGCCCGUGAGCGGCACUCGCUCUCCUCGACUAUCUCAGCAGCUCCCAGCUAUCGUAAACUCGCCAGAACCACCUCGUCCGACCCCUAUCGCUACUAUCGAACGCCCGUCCUCACUCACCGACACCUUCGCCUCCAUCUACCAGAAAGAUGCGCAGCGCCUCGGAUACCGCGUGCCCCACCCAUCUGGCAUCGAGCCCGAUCCAUCCAAGAAAGAGUACUGCACACACUGGAUCAAGACAGGCGAAUGUGACUGGACAGCUAUCGGGUGCAAGUUCAAGCACGAGAUGCCCGGCAUCGAGAAGCUACGUGAACUGGGUUUCGUUAGAGGCAUACCGAAAUGGUGGAAGGAGAAGUCGGCUAUCGGUCCCAGGCCGCCUACCUGGAUGCAGCGAAGGCUAGCAGCGAACGAGGAUGCAGACCGUGAUGGUGCGAUACCGGAAGCAAGAGUCUUCCCCGACCCUUCGACAUUUCGAACGAGGAAGAGUGAAGAGCGUGAUCUACUUGGUGACGACGUACAGCAGCCGCGUGGUAUCUUCAAGAGGAGCCCGUCUCCCAGACCGGCUGCAUUGGGACGACUGACUCCUCCACCAGCGCUGGCCCCGCCAACGAUUCGUCGUGCUAGCCAAGUAUCAGAUCUGCUCAUCGAUCUUGACGAUACCCCUGCCCCUCCACCCAGCCCUGAGUCAUCUCGCACUUCAGUAGCCAGUUCAGGAUCCAGUGAGGUACAAAUCUCCUCCAGUCGCCCCUCUACCUCGCCACCUUCGUCGCCUAGCAUCGAGUGUAAGACCUCGUCACCGAUCGAUAGCAAACCACCCCCAAAGGCUGUCGCUGCCAGGAAGACAUCAAACAAAGACGCCACCACCCGGCGCCACUCGCAGCUCUCAUGGGCCUCUGACACCGAAGACGAUACCCCCGCCCCGACCAAGCCAUACCCCAAAACCCCUCGACCAGCCCAACAACGACGCAGACCCGCUCCUCGCGGCGAUAGCAGACGCGCCGCCACAGCUUCCACGACCCCGACCAAGCAUUCCGGUCUUGCAGCUUCUAAGCACGCCACCAAUAAUCCCGCUGUAAACAACAGUGCAAGUCAUGGCAAGAACGCGAACCGUAGGAUUCAAGGUAAACAUAUGGAAGAUGUCGACGUACCUGAGCUGCAUGCCAAGAUUGAGCAGUUGCGCAGGGAGGCGCAUCAGAAGGAGAGGGUGAGGAAGGGUGCUGUGGUGGCGGCGCCUGCAGUUGGUAGACGGACAGCUGUAAUCACUAUGACAGAGCACACGCUCUCCUCAACUACCGCCAACAGCGCCUACCGCAAGUUGCAAAUGAAGGCUGCCGCAGUGGACACGCCAGUUCCAGUCGUUCAAGACGCCAUGUUCUUCACACUGCUGAACCUAGACGAGCUUUCGGAAGCAGCGGCUCGCCAUCUGAAGAAGCAUCUCGAUAGAUUCUCCCAGAGGUUCGAGAAAGAGCAUGGGCAUGCGAUCAAGUUGUUCGGCAGCAUACCGCUUUAUCAGGGGUGGGAGGCGCUGCGGACCAUCACACUCACACUGGAUGUCAACAUCUUCACUGAGGCUCUCGCAGAGAUUGCGAUGAUACCCGAAGCUGAGAAGGAUAACUGGCGUCGUAGAGAAGUUUUGGAGAAGCUCGAGCUGCACGUCGGUACAAGCUGGAAGGGCAAAUCUCCACAGUUGCGCGCACUCCUGCUUCGUCCAUUCGACAAAGUCACACUGCUGAUUACAGACACAUCCGAGGAUAAAGACAAAGAUGCGACCGUCCAACUUGAAAAUUACAGCCACAUCGUCGACAUACUGCGAAACAGCCUUCAAAGCAUAGGCGACGAAAUCGGCUACAACUGGCUCAUGUACCAAGACGCGCUAGACUGGGAUGCCAUCUGUGAACAAGAAGACGAAGACCCGCCAGCUCCUAAGCGCAAAUGGUACAAGACCGCAGAGCUUUUCCGCUUCGCGCGCGUGCAAUACGAGCGGCUUAGCAAUAGUGACUUAAGAGAGGAAGUCGAGGAAGCAGGUCUGCUGGGAUACAAGACUCGCCGCCGUAUCCAGACCAAACAAAUCAACUUCGCAUGGAACUUCCUCCCUAGCACCACGCCUGCGCCCAAGAAACUGGUUGGUAAGAAACACACUUACACAGCUGAACACGCCGACGCUCUCCGCAGGACAGAUCAGCUCCGCAAGCUCAAGUACGAAAACCAGUGGCCGCACAAGUACGAAGUAGCUGCUGCGGACGGGCUGAUCGGUGAGAUGGGCAUUCGACAUCCCAAGCGCUGGGUCCUGGCGAGUGAAGAGUAUUGCGAGUACUAUGCUAUGAUGGGGCAGUUGAAAGAUGCGGAGGAUGUGGAGAGUAAGGGUAUCGGGAUGCCGCUUUGGAAAGCGAAACCAAGGGCUAAGAACGGGGAGGGGGAUGGAAGGGCUGAGGAAACUGCCGAGGAAGAGGCUGAGGAGGAGAUUGACGAAAAUGUUCAGGAGGAGGUUAAGGAAGACGUUGUAAUCGAGGUCGAGGAGGAGAUGUGGGAAGAGUCUGAGUCAGAAUCCGAGUCUGGUGAUGAGGGUUACAGUGACGAAGAUGACGAAGAUGACGAAGAGAAUGACGACGAGGACGACGACGAGGACGAUAAAGAGGAUGACGACGAAGAUGAGGAAAAGGUUGAGGAUCAGGUCGAGGUCAAACUUGAAACUGAGGGUAAGAACCAGACUCGGAUGACCGAUUUCUGA